AAUUGCUUCCACUAGCGUACAAGGCUAGUUCUUCCUCGAAAAUGGAUAAAAAUGUCAUCUACAAGAUUUCUGUAACUUCAAUCAAUUUUCUGGUUACAUACAUAACACAUGUCCCAGCAAACCCAUCUAUCGAAGGAUUAGAAAAAAACGAGCUAUUAGCCAAGAAGGAUCCGAAAAAUUACAUAACAGACUGUUUAAAAAUGAUAGGGCAUUUAUUACAAUGGCCUAUCGCUACGUUCGACUUUACAUCUAGUAAAACUGCAUCCUAUCUUGUUCAGCAGACUAGAAAUUUGUUUCGGGAGGCCAAAUCUUCAUUUGAUGGUGUGUCAACAAAAAAAGACUCGCGAUCUGGUCGUAAACUGUCUUCGUUCUCUUUAAGUCAUAAGUCUCAUGCCAUAGUUUUUCAGGCUCUGUGUAUGUUUUGGUACACAUUUGUUGAUUUAAGUGCAGCUUAUUUGCACAAAGUUCACACCAGGAUAUUUGACGGUAGUGUAAAAAAUAGCACUUCACCUAGAGUUUUGUACUUGCCUAUCAACCUAGAUAUUCUAUUCAACUCAACUUCUCAUACAAAUGUUUCUUUUGAAAAUGAAGAGAUGAUUCUCUUAAAGCACAUACAUGAAGUCUGGAGUCUUCGUGAAUAUACUUCUGCCUCAUACUCAUUUGGCAGCAAGGAAAUAGAUUCGUUGGAUAAUGUCCAUCCUCACUCAAAUAAUUCAUCCGAAUUCAACCAAGAAACACUGUUUGAGCAAAUUAUUCGUUUCCACUUUGCCAUUAGUGGCCUGAAUAAUAAUUCGCAGGAAAUAAUAUGGGCUUGUAAUUUUGUGAAAAAACUCAGUGACCAGUUGAAGUCAGUUUCUCUUACAUCCUCUAACUAUAACUUAUAUAAUAGUGCAGAACUUAAGCUUAUAUCCUGGGUUCUUCAGAUGCUUUUGUUAUCUCAUGACCAUGAUAAAUGUAAGGUCGUGGUGAAGUCAGAAGCUUGUAAUGGGUUGUGGGGUCAAUUCCUUCAAGAUUUCAAAUCGCUGUCAUUACUUUUUAACCAGAGUAAAAAUGAGAAGAUUUGCAUCCAAAACAUUUGUCCUCUCGUACCAUUCACUCGUCAGUGUAUAGUUUUUAUUGUGUCAAAAACAUUAGCAGGCUACCUUUGUACUAUUUCUCGACGAACGACAAACCGGACUCAUGCUGUCGAUUCCGCUUGCUUGGCAUGUAUACUUUGUCAAGUCGAUGGAAAGUUUGGUGAUAUUUCUCAUCCGGCCGCUCAGUGGCCAUCUCUGUCCCCAUACCUCUCGGAGGUAAUACAUACUCAUUGGGUUGAUAUACGAGAUCGUUUUUUAAAGUGGAUCAUAUCUCCCCAUAUAUUCAUUUUCGACGUUGACCUGUUGAACACUAUUUUCCGAUUGGAAUCCAACGCUGGGACAGGUAGUGAUUGGUAAGUUGGUUAUUCGUUCCCCAUAUUUUAGGUAUCACAAUAACAAUUUUUUUGGCACCAUGACCAUUAAAUUUCCCGGUUAUUACGAAUUUAUGUAAUCAAUUUGCAGUCAUUCAUAUAAUAUCUUUUUUCUUCAUACGUAUUGGGUGAUGAAUUUUUUCCCUUUUAUUCAAAAUCAAUAAAUCGAUCGGCUCUCGAAGUUUAUCAGGUUUUUGAGUCCUGAAAAGCUUUAUUGUUCCAUAUGUUCUUUAACUAUAGAAAUGCUUUGCCAAUCUUCGCCUUUACGUCUGUAUCAGAUCCUCUACGUUCAUCGAUGAUGCUGUCUGGGUACGUGAAAGUUCCCACCUCUUCCAGAGUUUCUCCAUCAAGUGUGGUUGGUUGGGUGUUCUUGUUGUAUUUGAGUAUUUUUUUUUCCUUGUGUAUGUUGAAGCGUACUGAUGCAGAGACGGCUGCUACACUAGUUGUCUUCAUCUGCGUUAGUUGGUGUGUAUGUGAUAGAAGGUUCAGGUGAUGCUCUAUGAAGUCGAAAUCGUCUAGUUGCAUCCAACCUGUCUAUUGUAUUCUGUGCUUGCGCUCAGAUGUGGAGGUCAUCAUAAUCCAGUCAACCACCAGAAGAAAGAGAAAGGGUAGGAGUAAACAGCUAUAUCUGACACUGGUCCUCACUUAGAAUGCGUUUGUCAGCUAUCCUCCUUGCGCGACUUUGCAGUGUAAUCCGUCAUAUGAAUUCCGUAUGAUGGUGACGAUCUCCUUAGGUACUCCAUAAUGUCGGAGAAGUUUCCAUUAUAAUCUAUUCACACUGUCAGCUGCCUUCUCAUAGUCAAGGAAGUUGAUGUAUAGUGACGAUUUCCGUUCAAUUGUUUGUUCAACGAUGAACUGUAGUGUUCCGACUUAAGUCACUGCACGACCGAACCUCACGGAAUACGGCCUGUCAAUCUCGAAUAUGGGCGUCUACUGGAUCUUCUACGCGGUUCAACAUCACUGUUGAAAACUUUUCCUGGUACUGACCAUAGUGUGAUGCCUCUGUAGUUCUCACAUUUGUUCAGAUCUUCCUUUGGAAUCUUGAUGUGUCAUUCUUCUCAGUCUUACGUCUUUUGCUCUUCCCAAGUGUUUCUGGAUAGAACGUGGAGCAUGUUUGCAGUUACUUCUGUCUGUGAUUUCAGUGCUUUAGUUAUUAUGUUAUCAGGUCCUGCCUCCCCAUGCUCAUAGUCACGCGCAUUUCUUCAAUCGUUGGUAGGGUAGAAGUUAUGAGAAGAUCUUAAGUUGCUGCUUCGAUGUCCGAUGACCUUCUGAAUUUUUUAGUUGUACAAAUAUCUAUCUGGUCCUCUGUUGUGUGGUCCGGUGAGGCCCAUGUAGCUUUGUGUAUGCAUUUGUUUGGGAAAAUUGUGCCACCUAUAAUCAUUUUGUCGAAUGCAUAUAAAUUUGCAAAACUUUCACCAUUCUCGUUCCUCGCAGUCCAUAUCGUCCCAUGAUGUCUUCAUACCCUGUGUUAUACAUUCUGGAUUUGGCGUGUAGAUCUUCCAUCAGGAUGGUGAGUUUCUUUCCUAAACACUUCUCUAUAAUCGAUUGUAGCUUCUUGUGGAACUGAUCUUUAUCAUCAUUUCUGUCUUUGGUGGGCGCACAGCACUUGAUAAUAUUCAUUGUAAUUCCCUCGUUUGUUUUGAAUGAUGCUUUGAUAAUUCUGGAUCCAUGAAAUUCCCAUUCUAUAAGUAUUUUCCAUUCUUUUUUGAACAACAUCAGAGCAACUUGUGUGUGCGAAGCAUUUUCUUUAUGACCAGUGUACAGCAUCAUCCCCUUCGAAUAUAACCUUUUCUGUCCAUCUUGGGUCCAAUGGUUUUGCUGAUUUCAAGCACUGUCAAGUCGUAUCUCCUCAUUUCCGUUGCUAUUUGACUGGUCAUCACGGUCUCCCACAUUGUCCAGACGUUCCAUGUACCUCCAAAAAUUGCUGUGUUUGUUAAAAGGGAC